AUGACUUACUGCAACGAAAUGUACGCUUCUUUCCCUCGUGAACCACCAAGUGAAACGACCAAUGUCUGGAGUAUUGGCAAGACAGAAAUAGGACUAAAGAUAGAGUGUAACGGGGUCACAGUUCUACAUUACAAUACCUCUUCUUGUGAAAACAGUCAGAGAUGGGGACGGGAAAUAAAGAAGAUAAAAUUUGGUGAAUCCGACUCAGCGUCGGAGCAGUACAGGCUUAUAUCUGCCCAAGUAAAAUACUGCAAAGAAUUAACCGUGGUCACUGACUCAGUAUCUUAUGAACGACAGCCAUCUGGCUCUGUUAUCAGGAUAAGAUGUGGUGUGGGGUUUGAAAACAGUGGAGAAGAGGAAAUCACCUGCAGAGCCAAUGGAACGUGGUCCUCGUUCCCGGACUGCAACAAAUAUAACGGUUAA